CUUCCCCAACAGGCGAAGGUGGUGAACAUCUUCAACAGGCUCGCCGAGGCCAUGGCUCCCGGCGUCCCCCUGAAAGUGAUCAACGACGGCGAGGUCACGGCCCUCGCCGCCGUCCAGAAGAUCAAGGCGGGGAAUGUCAUGGGCAUCUCUAUGGGCAGCAGCGAGGGGGGCGGCUACGCCAACGCCGACGGGAACCUGAUGGGAUGGAUCAACGAGCUCUGCUACAUCAGGCUCGACAUGAACCCGAGGGCGCCCACGGACCCCUGGUCGAAGGGCGCGCACACGGGCCUGUCCCACAUGUACCUUGGCCAGCGCGGGGCGACCAAGUUGGCGCACAAGGUCUGCGAGGUGCCAGACAACUACAAG